AUGCUUCUCCUUAUACCCUCCAUCAUAGCUCUUGUUUCCGCAGCAGUCGUGCCUGAAUCAGUCGAUGUCGCUGUCAUCGGUGCAGGCCUUGCAGGUCUAACAGCAGCACGAGAUCUUCUCAAAGCCGGGAAAUCCGUCGUUGUGCUCGAAGGGAGAGAUCGUGUCGGCGGCAAAGUCUACAAUAAACCGUUGAAGAACGGCGGCGUCACAGAAGUCGGUGCCGAGUUCGUAGGUCCAACUCAGGAUAAAGUACUUCAAAUGAUUGCGGACCUUGGAUUGGAAACUUUCGACACCUAUGCUGAGGGCAAGACGGUACUGUACCUGAACGGUACAAAGUCAACUUACAACCCGGACCCCCAACUCGGUGGUGCGCCGCCGCUUGAAGAGGCAGCACUCGUGCAGAUUGCCAGUGCGAGGAUCCAGUUGGACGCUUGGGCUGCUGAGCUCAAUGUGGGCGCACCUUGGUCGCACCCAAGGGCAUCCGAGUGGGAUAGCAUUACCUUUGACCAAUACUUGGACACACUACAUCUUGUGCCAGAUGCUAGAUUCAUCCUAGCCACGUUGUGCAAAUCCACUAUCGCAGCGGAGCCACGCGAGUUUUCGCUGCUGUAUCUCCUCGCAUACAUUUCCAGUGCCGGAAACGAGACGACGGUUGGAAACCUGGAAAGAAUCAUUGCUGUAAAGGGAGGAGGUCAAGAAAAGCGAGUAGUCGGUGGUACAGGUCUUAUCCCAGAGCGUCUGGCUGAAAAGGUGGGAACCAAGCAUAUCACCUUCAACGCUGGCGUCACCAAAAUCACCAGAACCUACUCGGGUUAUGAAAUCGAGUCCCGCGCCGGCAAGGUCCAUGCAGAGAAGGUAGUCCUCGCCAUGUCACCCCCACUCGUCCACCAGAUCAAGUUCCAACCGGAGCUCCCCGGAAGUCGUCAGCACCUGAAUUCCGACACCAGAUCGCCUGCGCUUGGAAAAGGUGUACCAAUCUACGCGACACCCUUUUGGCGCAAAGAGGGGUUCAGCGGCCAAGUCAUCUCAAACUCUGGCCCCGUACGAGUGACUUUUGACAGCACACCCGAAGAUGCUUCUUUCGGCGCAAUCCUCGGCUUCAUCCUCGCUGACGAAAUGCGCGCUCUCGACAAGCUCAGCGCUGAAGAAGCCCAGAAGCAGAUCAUGGAUACCUAUGCCAAGUACUACGGCGAGCAAGCGAAAAACAUUACGGAAUUCGUGCUUCAGCGCUGGGACUUGGAGCAGUUUUCGAGGGGUGGCCACGUCGCACUGACUCCACCGCAUGUCUUGACCACGUAUGGCCCCGCGCUGAGGGAGAGUGUUGGUGGCAUCCAUUUUGCCGGCACGGAAACGAGUGAUUAUUGGUUUGGCUAUAUGGAGGGUGCAAUUCGCAGUGGAGAGCGGGUUGCUAAAGAGAUUCUGGGCAAGUAG